ACAUGUGACAGCAUCAACAGAUACAGGCAACACCUGCACAUUUCGCCGGGAAAGAGGCCGAAAGAGACGCACAAUUAUAUAAUACCGGAAAACACAUGAGUCUGUACAGCGGCUCCGUCCGUCGUCUCCUGGACAGUUGGCCCGGAAAGAAGCGCUUUGGUGUCUACCGCUUCCUGCCGCUCUUCUUUUUACUGGGAGCCGGCCUGGAAUUCUCUAUGAUCAACUGGACAGUGGGAGAGACUAAUUUCUAUCGCACUUUUAAGCGUCGUCAGGCCAAAAACUACGUCGAGGAGCAGCAGCACUUGCACGAAAGACAGGACCAGAGCUCGCAAUAGAGUAUAAU